AUGAAAUGGAUUUUGUUUCUCAAAAAAAAACUGAAAGAUAUUAUAAGAUUAUUAUUCUCACUGUAGCUGUUAUCUCCUUUAUAGUUUCUUAUUUUUAGCAAAGAUUUUCUACAUGUGUAUACUCAGUUUUAUUGGCCUGCGCCUUUUGCAUAAUUUUAUUUGUCCCAGGAUAUCCUUUUUGGAAGAGAAAUGAACUCUAAUGGUAACCUGAUGCUAAAAAAGCUGCUUGAGCUUUUUUUAAUAAUAAUUUAUAAAAAAAACUACACGUGUAAUAUAAAAAGGUUAUAUAUAAAUAUAUUUUUAAUUAUUUAGAAUUUUCAAAAUAAAUUAGAAUUAUUUAAAAAAUUUUAACUUUAAGAAGCAUUUAUGAAUUUUUAUUUAAAAAUUAUUUUAAUUUGA